AGGGGGGCCGGGGGGCCGGGGCCGGGGCUCCGAGGGCACUAUGCCCGGAAGCCGGCCGGCCGCAACGUGGCUCACGGGCCGGCGCGCUGAUGCUCAAGUGCGUGGUGGUUGGCGACCCGGCGGGGGGCAAGACGUGCCUACUCGUGAGCUAUGCCAGCGACGCCUUCCCGGAGGAGUACGUGCCCACCACCUUCGACCACCACGCAGUCAGCGUCACCGUGGGGGGCAAGCAGUACCUCCUGGGAGUCUAUGACGCGGCCGGACAGGAAGACUAUGACCGUCUGAGGCCUUUAUCUUACCCGAUGACCAAUGUCUUCCUUAUAUGCUUCUCAGUGGUAAAUCCAGCUUCAUUUCAAAACGUGAGAGAGUGGGUACCGGAACUUAAGGAAUAUGCACCAAAUAUUCCCUUUUUAUUAAUAGGAACUCAGAUUGGUCUCCGGGAUGACCCCAAAACUUUAGCAAGACUGAAUGAUAUGAAAGAAAGGCCUAUAUGUGUGGAGCAAGGACAGAAACUAGUGAAAGAGAUAGGAGCAUGCUGCUAUGUGGAACGUUCAACUUUAACCCAGAAGGGAUUGAAGUCUGUUUUUGAUGAUGCUAUCAUAGCCAUUUAACUCCAAAGAAACACACAGUAAAAAAAGAAUAGGAUCAAGAUGUAUAAACUGUUGUUUGAUUAUGUGAGAAGCAUCUUCAGUGGCCAAAGCAACUGUCCAUUUCUCUUGAAAGCAUAUGAAAUGUUACAGCUAUGCCCAGACCUCUUGUAGAUAACAAAGCAGUUCACAACUUGAAAGAAAAAAAAAAAAAAAAAAAACCUGUCCUCGGAAUUCUAUAAAGUUCAUUAAGAAUGUUUCUUAAAGGUAUACGAAGUAGUAAACAGCAUCUGAAGCCACAUUCUAUUAUAAAUACUUUAUUUCAACUAGAAGGUACAAUCUCUCAGGGGUCUUAUAGUUUAAAAAGCUACAAUCACAUCAUGUUGUAACUACAUAAAAAACAGUACUGUAAAUGGAACUGCUUGACUUUGACCAUAUACAUUUCUGCACAGUCCUUAUGGAAUCUGCACAAAGAAAUAUCUUCUCCCUUUGUUCCAAUUAUUUGUUCUUGUAUGUAAAUUGCUUUCUAUUCCAGAAUAUACAGAGUGGUGAAAUGACAGGGCCAGCCACAUAGCCAAAGGUUGCUCCAAGCAUGCAGGAGAUGGACCAGACCUGAGGAGAGAAUGUAUGAGAUCACAAAAAAAAAAUGUUUUAUUAUUACUUGAGCACAAGUGUAACCUAAAUAUUUCUGUAGUAAAAUUUAAUGUACUUUCUUAAAGAAUGCCAAAAGUGUCAUAGGGUCAUAACUGCAUUUAUCAUGAACAUUAAAAAUGUACACAUUUUAGUAAAUGUGCAUUAAACUGUAACAAGUCUUCUGGCAAUUGUAGAUUUAGUUUGAUGCUCCCCCAAACUGCAUGAGAUACAUGCUAAAAUUACAAAUUAAAAUUUGGGGCCAGACUUUGCCUUAA